GAGGGGACGGCUGCUCUCUGCUAAGGAACAGCUCGCAGCACCAUGCAGCUUGUGCUCUGGGCACUGGGCUUAGGAACACUCUUGCUCCAGGACGUCUUGAACGUAGCCACCACCGCAGCGAGGAAGCAGAGGCUGCACCCCAGACAAGCCCAGCUGUUGGAGAAACGGCGCGAGUUCGAGAUCGUCACCCCCACCCGUGUGAACGAAUUCGGAGCCCCCUUUCCCACGCACGUACACUUCAAACGAAAGAGACGCAGUGUUAAUCCUGACACGGACCCUUGGGCCACCGACUCCUCCUCGGCCCACUACCGGCUUUCCGCCUUCGGGGAGCAGUUUCUGUUCAACCUCACGGCCCAGGCUGGAUUUAUCGCGCCACGUUUCACGGUCAGCCUCCUCGGAGCCCCGGGGGUUAACCAGCGCCGGUUUUACAGCGAGGAGGCCAGCGACGUACAGCACUGUUUUUAUCGAGGCCAUGUGAAUAGCCAGCCCCAGCACACGGCGGUCAUCAGCCUGUGUUCAGGGAUGCUAGGCACAUUCAGGUCUCACAAUGGGGACUAUUUUGUAGAGCCGCUGCUAUCGCCCGAUGAACAAGAGUACGAAGAAGAACACAAUAAGCCACAUGUGGUCUACAGACACAGUGCACCUCAAAAAGACUCACCAAGGGAACGGCACACUUGCGAUACUUCAGGGCAUGAGAACAGUCGCAAGAAGGGCAAGAGGAAAAACCGGAGAAGACAAUGGCAAGGAAGUAAUCUGUUCUCGGACGUGGAGGUAUUAAAAUAUAGCAUAGCAGGAAAUCAAUUUUCUACAUAUAACAACAAGACUGAGAACACAAGUGAUGUCAAGAUACACCGAAGAACAAAGCGAUUCCUCUCCUACCCUCGAUUUGUGGAGGUCAUGGUGGUGGCAGACAGCAGAAUGGUUGCCUACCACGGAGCUAAUCUGCAACACUAUAUCUUAACAUUAAUGUCAAUAGUAGCCUCUAUCUAUAAAGACCCAAGUAUUGGAAAUUUAAUUAAUAUUGUUAUUGUGAAAUUAGUCGUGAUACAUAAUGAACAGGAUGGUCCUUCAAUAUCUUAUAAUGCCCAGACAACAUUAAAAAACUUUUGCCAAUGGCAGCAUUCCCAGAACCACCCUGAAGAAAAUAAGCUACCCAAACAUGAUACCGCUGUACUUGUUACCAGACAGGAUAUUUGUAGAGCUCACGACAAAUGUGAUACAUUAGGUCUGGCUGAACUGGGCACUGUUUGUGAUCCGUACAGAAGCUGUUCAAUUAGCGAAGAUAACGGACUAAGUACUGCUUUUACAAUCGCGCAUGAACUUGGCCAUGUAUUUAACAUGCCACAUGAUGACAAUAAUAAAUGCAAAGAAGAUGGAGGGAAAAAUCAACAACAUGUCAUGGCGCCAACACUGAACUUCUAUACCAACCCCUGGAUGUGGUCAAAAUGUAGUAGGAAAUACAUUACUGAGUUUCUAGACACUGGUUAUGGGGAGUGUUUACUCGAUGAGCCUGUAUCAAGGACUUACACUUUGCCUCAGCAACUCCCAGGAGUAAUUUAUGAUGUUAAUAAACAAUGUGAGUUAAUUUUUGGACCAGGGUCUCAAGUCUGCCCAUACAUGCAGAUGCAGUGCAGACGCCUCUGGUGCAUCAGCAGUGAUGGAGCUCACAAAGGAUGUCGUACUCAACACACACCUUGGGCUGAUGGGACAGAGUGUGAACCUGGAAAGCACUGCAAGUUUGGCGUGUGUGUCCCCAAGGAACGAGAGGCGCCGGUAACAGAUGGAGCGUGGGGAUCGUGGAGUCCCUUUGGAAGCUGUUCAAGAACCUGUGGUGGUGGCAUAAAAACCGCGGUUCGAGAAUGCAACAGGCCUGAGCCCAAGAACGGUGGGAAAUAUUGCGUGGGUCGUCGAAUGAAAUUUAAAUCCUGCAACACUGAACCAUGCUCUAAACUAAAGAAAGACUUCCGAGAUGAGCAGUGCGCUGACUUCGAUGGGAAGCAUUUUAACAUUAACGGUCUACCUCCUAAUGUGCGUUGGGUUCCUAAAUACAGUGGAAUUUUAAUGAAAGAUCGGUGCAAGUUGUUCUGUAGGGUAGCAGGAAACACAGCCUACUAUCAGCUCAGGGACCGAGUUGUUGAUGGCACCCCUUGUGGCCCGGACACAAAUGACAUCUGUGUGCAAGGACUUUGUCGGCAAGCUGGCUGUGAUCAUGUGCUAAAUUCCAAGGCAAGGAGAGACAAAUGUGGCGUUUGUGGUGGCGAUAAUUCUUCAUGCAAAACUGUUGCAGGCACAUUUAAUACAGUGCAUUAUGGCUAUAACACCGUGGUACGCAUACCCGCUGGUGCUACAAAUAUUGAUGUGCGGCAGCACAGUUACUCAGGGAAACCAGAAGAUGAUAACUACCUUGCCUUAUCAAACAGCCAUGGAGCCUUCAUCUUGAAUGGAGACUUUGUCGUCAGCAUGUUUAAAAGGGAAAUCAAAGUUGGGAAUGCUGUGAUCGAAUACAGUGGCUCAGACAAUACAAUCGAAAGGAUUAAUUCUACGGAGCGCAUUGAGCAAGAAAUCGUUCUUCAGAUUCUAUCAGUGGGUAAUUUAUAUAACCCUGAUGUUCGAUACACAUUCAAUAUCCCGAUUGAAGACAAACCUCAGCAGUAUUACUGGAACAUCUAUGGCCCGUGGCAAGCCUGCAGUAAACUUUGCCAAGGGGAACGAAAAAGGAAACCCAUUUGUACGAGAGAAUCUGAUCAACUCAUGGUGUCAGAUCAAAGAUGUGAUCGAAUUCCCCAGCCUGCUCCAGUAACUGAGCCUUGUAGCACAGAAUGUGAAUUAAGGUGGCAUAUUGCUAGAAAGAGCGAGUGCACUGCGCAGUGCGGGCUGGGAUACCGAACGCUAGAUGUCUACUGCACAAAGUACAGUAGGUCGGAAGGGAAGACAGAGAAAGUCGACGACCGAUUCUGCAGUGGCCAAACCAAGCCAAAUACUAGGGAAAAAUGUUUUGGAGACUGUAACGUAGGAGGAUGGCGGUAUUCAGCCUGGUCUGAUUGCUCUAAAAGUUGUGGUGGUGGCACAAGGAGACGACGAGCCAUCUGCGUUAACACCCUCAAUGAUGUACUGGAUGACAGUAAAUGCAGCCAGCAGGAGAAGCUCAUUGUAGAGCGCUGUAGUGACUUCUUGUGUCCACAGUGGAAAACAGGUGACUGGUCAGAAUGUUUGGUAACCUGUGGGAAAGGGCACAAACAUCGCCAGACUUGGUGCCAGUUUGGAGAAGAUCGGUUAAACGACAGGUUUUGUGAUCCGGAGAGUAAGCCCAAUUCUGUGCAGACCUGUCAGCAACAGGAAUGUGCGGCGUGGCAAGUAGGACCCUGGGGUCAGUGCACAAUGACAUGUGGGCAGGGCUACCAAAUGAGAGCGGUGAAAUGUGUCGUCGGUGCCUAUGUCUCAGUAGUGGAUGACAAUGCGUGUAACGCCGCUACGCGGCCAACGGACACACAGGACUGUGAAAUAGCAGCAUGUCCUCUCCAUCCAGCUGCUCCAGAAACGAAAAGAUCUAUGCCGAGUGUUCACAGGACACAAUGGAGAUUUGGAUCUUGGACACCUUGCUCGAUGACAUGUGGGAAAGGUACUAGGAUGAGGUAUGUCAGCUGUCGUGAUGAUCAGGGCUCAGUGGCUGAUGAAGCCGCCUGCUUUCACCUCCCUAAGCCUUCAGCGACAGAAGUGUGCUCCGUAACGCCGUGUGGACAAUGGAAAGCUCUGGAGUGGAGUUCUUGUUCAGUGACGUGCGGCCAAGGUAAGGCAACACGGCAGGUGGUCUGCUUGAAUUUCAGCGACCAGGUGGUCGAUAGAAGUGAAUGCGAUCCAGACGAUCUCCCGGCAACGGACCAGGAUUGCUCUGUCUCUUCCUGUCAGAACACCCAUGACUCCGGCAGGCCAAUCCACCCUUUCCCAUACCCAGAGCAUCCACCGAAACCCCACCCAGGGGGAAACCUAAACCAGAACGCUGGCCCCGCGCACAUACCAGGAGGCAACCAGUGGAGAAUCGGCCCAUGGGGUGCUUGCUCUAGUACGUGCGCUGGGGGAUUCCAGCGGCGGGCUGUGGUGUGCCAGGAUGAAAACGGAUAUACUGCAAGUAACUGUGAUGAGAAAGCAAAACCUGUCGAGCAGAGAUCAUGUGAAUCUGGCCCUUGUCCUCAGUGGGCUUAUGGCAGCUGGGGAGAGUGCACAAAGUCAUGUGGUGCAGGAACAAGAACAAGGCUUGUGGUGUGCCAGCGCCCUAACGGUGAAAGGUUUCCCGAUCUGAGCUGUGAAAUUCUCGACAAACCACCAGACCGUGAGCAGUGCAAUAUGCAGGACUGUCCUAGAGAUGCAGCCUGGAAUGCUGGUCCGUGGAGCUCGUGUUCUGCUUCCUGUGGACGGGGACAUAAACAGCGAAAUGUGCACUGCUUGUCAAAGGAAGGAAACCGCGUAGAGAACGAUUAUUGCAAGCACCUUGCUAAACCGAACGUGCAAAGAAAGUGCAGAGGGGGCAGAUGUCCGAAGUGGAAAACGGGAGACUGGGGACAGUGCUCCGUGUCCUGUGGACGAGGCAUUCAGCAGAGAAACGUUUAUUGCCACGCGGGCACUCAGAAAACAGCCAGGGAGACCGACUGUUACCAAUUCACAAGACCAGUCUCUGAACAGGAAUGCUCCAGUGCGGAAUGUCCCCGUUACAGCUGGGAAGUGGAGGAAUGGCAAGCUUGCAUGAAAACGUGCGGGGAAGGGUCCCGGUACCGGAAAGUUGUGUGCGUGAAUCAGAAUAACCAAGAGGAGGACAGCGUGAAUUGUGAUGCGAGCAAGCGCCCCUCUGAUAGGGAGAGCUGCAAUUUACCGCCCUGCGAGUACGUCUGGAUUACAGGGGAGUGGUCUGAGUGCUCUGUGACCUGCGGCAAGGGCUAUAAGCAAAGGCUGGUCUCGUGCAGUGAAAUUUACACCGAGAAGGACCAUUACGAGUACGGUUACCAGAAUACAGACAACUGCCCUGGCACCCAGCCACCAAAUGUCCACACAUGCUACCUUGGGGAAUGUCCAGUUUUGGCAACAUGGCGAGUUGGCAACUGGGGAAGCUGCUCGGUGACUUGCGGUAUUGGAGUGAUGCACCGGUCAGUGCAAUGCUUGACCAACGAUGACCAGGCGAGCUCUUUGUGCCAUGCUGAUUUAAAACCUGAAGAGAGGAGGACGUGUCACAACAUCUAUGACUGUGAAUUACCAAGCAGCUGCCAAGAUGUUAAAAGACUCAAAGGUGUCAUUGAAGAUGGUGAAUAUUACCUUAAAGUCAAAGGAAGGAUAUUAAAGAUAUAUUGUGCUGGGAUGCAGACUGACAGCCCAAAAGAGUAUGUGACUCUUGUCAGUGGGUAUGCGGAGAAUUUCUCUGAAGUGUACGGCUACAGAUUACAUAACCCGACUGAAUGUCCGUAUAACGGGAGCAGACGAGAAGACUGCCAGUGUAGGAAAGAUUACACAGCAGCUGGUUUUUCUGCCUUCAGCAAAGUCAGGCUGGACCUGAACACAAUGCAGAUAAUAACAACUGAUUUACAGUUUGCACGGACACAUGAUGGACGACCUGUUCCUUAUGCCACUGCGGGGGACUGCUACAGUGCAGCCAAAUGCCCACAGGGUCGCUUUAGCAUUGACCUGUACAGAACAGGCCUUUCGCUAACAGAAACAGCAAAAUGGAUCUCGCAAGGGAAUUACGCAGUGUCGGAAAUUCAAAAAUCCCCAGGCUUGGUUAUUAUUAUUCUUGUUGCUCCGUGGCCCAAGUGGCUAGCCAGUUAUCGAGGCUUUGCAGGAUUGCUUCCGUUAGGAAGAAUGGAAGAUACAAGGCAGGAUGGUACCAAAGUCGUAGGGAAAUGUGGUGGUUACUGUGGAAAGUGCACUCCGUCAUCUGGAACAGGCCUCGAGGUUCAAGUGUUGUAGCAAUGGUUUUCUGAAAGCAGGGAGAUGAGAUGGAUGAAGGAUAGUGUUGCAAUACCUCCGCCUUCUACUUUUGUACUUGUGUGCGUGUGUGUGUGAGUGUGUAUGUAUAGAUAUUGUAUAUUCUUAAUGAUGUAAAGUAUAAUAUUUAUGGCUGGAAUUAUUUAUUUUGAUUUAAUAUUUUUGUACGUAAAAUGUUUAUAUUAAGGCUGCUUUUACUGUUUUUUGUGUUAAACCUUGCAGUCAAACCACUGCAUUUUACGUACUCUACAUUAUAUGUAGCAUUAUGACAAAAGUGAUACUUCAUUGUCACUGUACUCAGUUGUUUACUUUCAAUCAGUAAUUUGUCUUCUUGUUACAGGCUGCUUUGCCCUUUCAAGGUGCUACACAAUUUGCAUAGGGGUAUUUUUGGCAUUUCAGUACAAUCUUUUUAUAAGGAAAAUAGAGCAGGUUGGGUUUUUUUUGUUUGUUUGUUUGUUUUUACUUAUUAGGCAGACAGCACUAAGGGAACACAUGAAGAAUGAAUACAGUGUUUUCUGUAUUAUCAGUCACUAUCUUUUAGGUAUAUUCUUAAUUUCAUAUGACCUCUGUGGCCAGUGCUAACAGUUGCUGGUUCGGUGCUACCACAAUGUAUGUAUUAAUUCUCUGUAGCUUUAGACCAUUAGAUACAGUGCCCCCAUAGAUAAAAGGGGGAAAUGGAUGGAUGAGCCAAUUCAGAUAAACUAGAGUCUAACCCAAACCUAGGAUCUCACCCUGCUAAUGGGUCCAAAACUUGAAACCCAUUUUUAAGGCUCACAAAACCUUGGUUACAUUUUUUAAAUUAGUAUAUUCUAAUGGCAUCAGCUGUGGAACUUCCUGGUUCUGUCCGGAUAUGGGGUGCUGGAUUUGUCCAAGACAGUCUGAUUGGGCCAUAUGAUCCCAUGACAUGUACGCUGAAAAGCAAAAUCUGCCACAAAAUCGUAAGCCAAACCCACCUACUUCGCAUUAUGCUCCUGCCACCUUGGGACAUCAAGCCUCUAAACAUCAUCUUGGGAGUGGGGUCUGUGAAAAUGUGGGAGGGGUCAUUGAACAGCCAGGACACGCUGGAAAAACAUCCUAUUUUACCAGACAAUGUAUAAGUUACUGUUCUGGGCCGCAGUAACUCAGUAUCAGCAGACAGCUGCAGGGCUUCAGUGGAUUUCUAUACAGACAGGGCCAUCUGCAAACAAGAGGGGAUGAGUAAGCUUCAUCUCAGACUUACAAGGUGUUUCGAUCAGAUCACUUUGUACGUGUCAACACCCCACCCCACUUGCACACGCUGGUUAACGUACCAGUGCAUUGCUUUGCUCUUCCCCAGCAAGGCAUCCGUGCUCUUUGGGUUUCUUCCAUCCAGGCACAACUGAUUCUGUAGUCCUUGUUCAAGAAUAGCUCCCACUGGAGUCAAAGUUUGGCUGAGUAAGGACUGCAGAAGUGGUCUUUGUCUGUAUGUCACCAGCCUUGCUGCCUGUUAAUAUAGACCAUCUACCCAGAGCUCUGCAGUACAUCGUGUGGUGGUGACUCUGCCACUUAGUUCUUUCCCUACAGUUUUACUAACCGUGGGAACAUAUUGCCCAUUCUCACUAUUUCGGGUGUGAUCAGAAGCCAGGAACUCUCAGGAACAGUAUGGAAGGGAACAUCAUGGGACUUUCAUCAAUGUGUGAAACCAAAGAGUAUAUCCAAAAAUUUGGAUAAAUACCUAUACUUUGAGGUGCGCAUACUUACCAAACCCAACCUCAGAACCUUUUGAGAUCCUGUUAACCUGCAUUAUACUUCAGCCAUCACUAAGGAGAGCAAAUGUAAUCAGUUUGUUGAAAACUAUAGUAUCAAUAAACUACGAUCAUAGAAACAUGGGGCUGGAAGGUACCUCGAUAGGUCAUCUAGUUCACUCCCCUGCACUAAGGCGGGACUAAUUGUUAACUAGACCAUCCCGGGCUGGUGUUUGUCUAAUCUGUUCGUGAUCAUGUCCACUGAUUUGUAAUCCAUGCCUUUGCUAGGCUGUUAUCAGCAUCUUUAUUCUGCCAUCUAAACUUGGUCUAUUUUAGAAAGAAAAUUUCUAGCCUGAACCCCAGUGGGUAUAAAUUGGCAUCGCUCUAUUAAAGUCAACAAGGUUAUGCCAAUUUCUACCACUCAGAAACUCUAGCCUUUGCCUACUUUGUCAAAUGCUGCCUAAGAAUUCAUGCAUGUAAUAUUUUGGAUCCAAAAAGAAGAUACAUUAUCCCAUAUGCCUUUUGGCAUCUUAUAUUUCACCAAGUAGUAGGAUAUGGUCAUACGACAGACAGACUAAUAGUUUAUCACCAAUCUGGGUUGUAUGUAUAUGAGUAAUUGUAAUGAAAUGACACCCACAAUAUUUUUUGAGAAAAUGCCAAAAAUACCAUUUCAAAGUAUGUUUUAUUUUAAAAAAACAGGGUGAGGGGGAAGAGAGAGAGUAGCUAUGAAAUUGUGAUUUUGUGAUAACUACUCAUCAUUAAAGCUUCUGUCCUGUAGGGAAAAAGGGAAAAUUGCACUAACUUUAGGAGAAAAACAAUGGUGCUCAAUUAAUGUUUAGACAGUGCAGGCUGAUUUUAUUUUCUGUAAUGAAGUGACUGAGUAUUUAUAAAAAAGAAAUAUUAUUUAGACCUGUAUGCAUUCCUUUCUACCAUGUUGUUUAAUAACCACUGGCAACAGAGGCAAGAGAAACCUAAAAUUAUGAAAUAAAAUGUAAGGGAAUUAUUUAUAGUUACUUAUCUUUAGAAUCACUGGUAGAUUUAAAUAAGUUAGAAAGAAAAGGUGGGGACCACUGAGAUAUUAGUACUUGUGAAGUAAAUAUAAUUAUAUUUUUUGCUGUACCAAUGCCAUUAUUUUUCUAAAAAUUGUUUUUUUCCAAGCACUUUCCUGUACAAGGUUAUUUUUUUCUUUUCUUAUCACCAAAAGGAAAUGAAAAGAUCUGUAGCAUA